CUUGAGUUGACUCGAGUGAGAAGAAGACAGCGAAUAAUCGCUUCGUCGAUUCGACCGCUCGAGGGGAAGGCCGAAGAGAGUGUCGAGUGUCGCAGCUAUCCCCUCCGUUGGGUGCACGCUGGCUGUAAAAAGGCUUUGAACUGGCAUCAACUGGCAUCGCUACUACGGAUGCUACGGAGCCGAGGCGAUCAGGGUGAAUAUGGCCGUCUGACAAAACAUUCCAGGCAUAUCAGCGAUCAACGACAUGGUGUCGCUUUUGCUCGGGCAUGUUACACGACGGUGAUCACGAAACGACGUCAUCUUGACCGAAGUUUCUCUACAUACGAGUGACGCAACGACGCGAACGUGGGGACCGGAGGCAGCGCGGAAGGUGCGCGGUUGUCCGCGCGGAACUCCAUUCGCCAGUUCUGUCUGUGGGGAAAAAAACCGUAAUAGGUGUGCUGACGGUCCCGCUGGCAAUCGUGAGGGUGAACGGAUUGCAUCAGGGCGACACGGCGUGCGAUCGUGAUCCGAUCCACGAACGUAUCGCUCCGCAACGAGGACGAGCUAGAGAGAUAGAGAGAAAGAGAGAGACAGAGAUAGAGAUAAAGACAGGAAUUGAUCGUUCGCGAUCAUGACAAUUUUAUCGAAGAAGAAGGCGAAUGCGCCGAAGGACAGGACGCGCGAGGGAGGCGCCGGACCCGAGGUCGACGUUCAUCACGGGGUAGUGCAGAACGAGCACAGUUCCGGCAGCAUCACCCUCCCGAACAGUCCUUAUCAGGUACGGGGCGCCAGCGGCUUCGCCGUCGAUCUACACGGAGUCCAAAGCGAUCACGGAUCUCACAGUGGUUCCCUCGUGCUGACUGGAAAUUCGUACGAGACAAAUGAUCGCCGUGAAGACAAACAUUUUGAAGAUGGGAGUGGCCCGAGUCAUGGUAAACGUCACAGACAGAGAGUCAGUCCCCACAGCUGUAUUGGUAGACCUUCACGUGUGAAGCGUGAACGAGAAAGGGAUAGAGGUAGAGAAAGGGAGAGAGAGAGAGAGCGUGAGAGGCAGGCUACUCCACCUGCUGCUUCUUGCAAUGGCUCGCAAGGUACAGAUACUAGUGUAAAUGGAAGAGUAAGCAUUGUGGGAAAUGCCUCAAAUUUGGAACACGAAUUGGCAAAUGGCUACAAUAGUGGAGAUGAAUAUACAGGACAUACUGAAAAUGAUGUUUCAUUAGCUGAAUGGCAGGACAAGGACAGAUGGUUUGAGAAGCGCCUCAAGAAAAAGGGUCUUGUACUGAAGAAAAUGGCAGAGGAUGGAGCUUGCUUGUUUAGAGCAGUAGCAGAUCAAGUGUAUGGCGAUCAGGAGAUGCAUGGAAUUGUGCGAAAACACUGCAUGGAUUAUAUUGCUUCCAACCAGGAAUUUUUCUCUCAUUUUGUGGCGGAGGAUUUCAGCACUUAUGUAGACAGGAAAAGACAAGAGUAUGUUCAUGGAAAUCAUAUAGAAAUGCAAGCUAUGUCAGAAAUGUACAAUCGUAGUAUUCAAUUAUAUUGUUAUAGCACUGAACCUAUCAAUAUUUUUCAUACUAUGGUGGAAAGUGAUAAUGAACCAAUCAGGCUGUCUUAUCAGCGCAAUAGUCAUUAUAACAGUAUAGUUGACCCAUUUAAAGCUACUAUAGGCGUCGGACUAGGUUUGCCAUCAUAUAAUCCUGGUGCUGCCGAUCGCGCUCUGAUAUCCGAUGCUGUUCGUCAGAGUGAGGAGUUGCAUAUCGAACAGACAAUGCUGGAGGAUAAAAUAAAAGCUACCGACUGGGAGGCGACUAAUGAAGCCAUCGAGGAGCAAGUUGCUCGGGAAAGUUAUUUGCAAUGGUUACGUGAUAAUGAGAUGCGUAAAGCACGUUCAGCCAGUAGUAGCAGUACGAGCACAGUUACGAGCGCGCAACAUAAUCAUUCACACUUUCAUUCACAUGGAGGUCGUGGACAGCAGCGUAGCCAUACCUCUUCUCCGACCACGACACAAACUAGCCAAGAUAACUUACGUAAUUCUCCAAAGGUCAGCGAUGCGGUACGAUAUAGCAAGAGAUCGCCGCAACAUCAAUCGACUCAACAAGGAUCCAGUAUAUCCCAUCUGCCAUCGGAUUUCGAGGGAAAAAUGAUGCCACAAGAGCCUGUGCCUGGAAGUAGCAAAGAGGCAAACGCGUCUCCCGAUAUUUCAUUGUUCAAUCGCCUUCCUCCCGAAGUAUUUGGUCUGACGGAUUGGGAAGACAGCCAAAUACUUUCACAAGUGCUGGCGACGUCACAACAAGAGUACUUGGAUAGCCUGAAGCAGUCACGCGUGUCCGUGUCCGCCGGAAAUGAUAGCGCCAAUACGAUAGAGUCUAGUAACAGUUCUAUUAACAAUUCUUGAAAUGCGGUCGGUAACGACAAAGUUCAAAAGAUAUCAGAGUAAAGAUAUAUACAUUUAUAUAUUGCAAUAUCAUCUAAUCCCAUAUUGUGCUAGGACAUAAAGCGAUUUGCUUUGUUUAUCCGUGAGUAAAUGUUGCAAUAAUCACCGUUUGGUUUCCAUCCUUUUAGUCUUUUCUCUUUGUCUUUCUCUUUCAACAACACGUAACAUACGUAUGGGAUUUUUACAAGUACGUACGUUAUUAUCAUUAGACGCUUUGUUAACACUAACAAAGUAGCUGCAUAUCUUUUUUUUCGUUGUGGGUACCUUUACAUUACCAUAGAAAAUAACUUUCAUUAUUUUUUUUCUAAAUUACUAUUACUAAAAAAAAAAGAAAUUUCUUAGUUUUUGUUAUAAUAAUCAAUAUAUAUUACGCUCCUCUCGGAGUUUGAUAUUUAUCUUAAAAGUCUUUAUCUUGAAAGUAUGCAAUCCGUUUUUAGACAAAAUAUAUUGUUUGAUAACCGUGAUGUUUUCUCUUUAUAUAGUUUAGGUCACAACGCUUAGAGAAAUCUGCAUUACAUUAUUUGUAAAAAAAGAGUAAAUAAAAUAUCAUUUAAUUGUAA